AUCGCGUUCAUAACUUGAGGCUUGAGUUCAAAUCUUCGUAAAUUUUUUAUUUUUUUAUUUUAUUGACAUUUAGACUGAUUUUAUCUUAUUUUAUUGAAAUGGACAACGUUACAAUACGCAACAAACUACCCAGAUCAAAAUCGGACUUGGAUUUAUCAAUGACCACCCAAGAUGUGCUAAAUUCUACCAUUCUGGAUUCAACUAUGUUAAGCACAUACAGUAAAAUACAAAACAAUACUAGUUUCAAUAGCAAUGAAUAUUUACAGGAAAUUGAAAAUCUUAAAACUAAACUUGAACAGGCAGAACAUGAAAUAGAAAAUUUAAAUUCAGAAAAUCACAACCUAAAAAUUACUAUUGAAAAACAGGAGAAGCAAAUCGACAUUUUAAAAAUACUUACAUAUGAAACAGGGAAAAGAACGAAAACUACACUAACACCUCUGAGACAAAAAAUUAUGCACAUAAGACAACAUACAACUAAAACUUCACCUCUUAAUUUGUAUAAAUCGGUUCUAUUUAAUACCCCGCAGAAACAUGUUACUAAAAAGCAUAUGGACGAGAAAACCUGUGUUGCCAACCCCAGCAUAGAGCAAAACUGCAGAUAUGCUUGAAAAAAACUGUAGAAAACUGUAAAUAUCAAAUUAAAAAACAGUAAAUCUACAUCUUUAUCUUUUUAUUAUUUUAUAUUAUUUAAUGAUAGUAGUAAUAAAUAGAAUAUUAUAGCGAAGGAAUUAAAAACAAUAAAAAUCAUGUAAUUGUCAAAGUUUUAAUCAAAUUAAAUUCCAAAAUUCUCAAACAUUUAAGUCAAAUAAAAUUAGUAAUAUUUAAAAACUAGUAUGAAAAUGCUAAUCCAACACUUCAGAAAAUGCGAUUAGCGAUUUUUUAGGAAGCUUUCCUUGAAAAUCACAGCUUUUAGUAGUAGAUAGUGUCACUAGCUAGCUACUAUCUCAUUUUCAAUUUGUAAAUCCUCUUGAUUUUCCGUUUCAUCUUUAUUUUUGUUGAAAUCAUACAUAUUUUUAUUGAAUUUUUUGAAAUGGUCAUUUGUCACAUUGAACUCAAAACAAUUUUUUAUUUCUGACUUUGUGUGCAAGUUACCUUUUAUUGUGGUUGUAGAAAGUUUAUUUCUUAGUUUCGUUUCCAUAACAUUAAUGCUCGA